CUAACAGCUGCGCCCCGCCCGCCGCCCUGGCCGCCCGCGGACCGCCAGUCCCUGCCGCUGUGCGGCCCCGGCGCCCGCGCACCCCCUCUGGACCCGCCUGGCCCGGGUCCAGGGCCGAACCCCGCGCCGAGCCUGCGGGAGUGCGGGGGCUCCUAGUUACGGGGUUCGUGUGCGGCUAGGGGGCCCAGCGCCGAGGGCAUAAUGCUGCCCCCCGUCGCCUCGAGUGGGUCUGGCACCCGCACCCACGGCGGCCCCGGGCCUCCCGGGCUUUGGGUCCCACGGGCGGAGCCCCCCUUUUCCUCAUCUGGGGAAUGGGCGCUGGCGCGGGAUCCUCGCAGCUGGCCCUGCGCCCAGCCCCCCAGGGCCCCCGGGACAGCGUGACUCAGGCGCAGCGUCCCUGCCCCGGGGGCUUCCCAGUUGAGCGGGCGCCCAGCCUGGGAGGGAUCGGACGGGGAUGGGGGACGCGACAAGCCAAGGGGUCGCCCAGAGGAGGCGCAGGAGCAAGCCCGGGCGGUCUGAGAAGUACGAGCUGAGGCCCCGAAGCCGCACCAGCAUGGGCAGUCGUGUGUACCGAGAAGACCUGGAGGAGGAGAAGCACCCAGCAUUCACCUGGGAGGUGAAGGCCAACGACCGGGCCUACAACAACCAGUUCAAGAAGAAGGUCUUCCCGUGCUGGCAAAGAAAGAAGCACAAGAGCAACGUCAUCCACACAGCCAAGUACAACGCCUUCUCCUUCUUGCCCUUGAACCUGUACGAGCAGUUCCACCGCACAUCCAACCUCUACUUCCUUCUUAUCAUCAUUCUCCAGGCCAUCCCCGAGAUCUCCACGCUGCCCUGGUUCACUCUCUUCACCCCACUUGUCUGCCUCCUCUCCAUCCGGGCCACCAGAGACCUGCUAGACGACAUCGGGCGAUGCAGGAGCGAUAGGACCAUCAACAACAGGCCCUGCCAGAUCCUGAUGGGCAAGAGCUUCCGGUGGAAGAAAUGGAAGAACCUGCGCGUGGGAGACCUGGUCUGUCUGCACAAAGACAACAUUGUCCCGGCCGACCUGCUCCUGCUGGCCAGCACAGAGCCUAGCAGCCUGUGCUACGUGGAGACAGCCGACAUUGAUGGGGAGACCAACUUGAAGUUCAGGCAGGCGCCGGCAGUCACUCACCACGAGCUGACCAGUAUAUGGAGCAUGGCGUCCUUCCAAGGCAAGGUGGUGUGUGAGGAGCCCAACGGCCAGAUGCACCACUUUGUGGGGUGCCUGGAAUGGAAGGGCAAGAAGUACCCCCUGGACAGUGGCAACAUCCUGCUGCGUGGCUCCAAGAUCCGAAACACAGACGCCUGCUAUGGCCUGGCCAUCUACACAGGUUUUGACACAAAGAUCAUGAAGAACUGUGGCAAGGUCCAUCUGAAGAGAACCAAGACAGACCGCCUGAUGAGCAGGCUGGUGGCGCUGAUCCUCCUGUCCUUGGUGCUUAUCUCCUUGGUGUUGACCUUCGGCUUCUGGUACAAGGUGGGGGAGUUCAAGGCCAAGCUCGCACACAGCAUAGCCACCGAGGCCUUCACCAUCUUCUGGAGCUUCCUCAUCCUGCUCAGUGUCGUGGUGCCCAUGGCCCUGUUCAUCACAGCCGAGUUCGUCCACCUGGGGAAUAGCACCUUCAUUGGCUGGGACGUGCACAUGUACCACGCGGCACAGGACAUGCCCGCCGAGGCCCGCAGCACCAGCCUCAGCGACCAGCUGGGCCAGGUGCAGCACGUCUUCUCAGACAAGACAGGCACGCUCACCCAGAACGUCAUGACCUUCAACAAGUGCUGCAUCGAUGGCGUCGUCUACGGCCCAGAUGAGGAGGAGACGCCACGUGAGGAGAACCCCUACCUCUGGAACAAAUUCGCCGAUGGAAAGCUGCUCUUCCAAAACGCGAAGCUCCUGGAAGCUGUUCGGGGCAACAAGAACAAGACGGUGCGGGAGUUCUGGCGCCUGCUGGCCCUGUGUCACACAGUGAUGGCGCAGGAAAAGGACAACCAGCUGCUGUACCAGGCAGCCUCCCCUGACGAGGAGGCGCUGGUCACCGCGGCCCGGAACUUCGGCUACGUGUUCCUGGCGCGCACCCGGGACAGCAUCACGGUGCUGGAGCUGGGGGAGGAGCGGGUGUACCAGGUUCUCGCCAUGAUGGACUUCAACAGCGUUCGCAAGCGGAUGUCAGUGCUAGUCCGAAACCCCGAGGGCUCCAUCUACCUCUACACCAAAGGCGCAGACACGGUCAUCUUUGAGCGCUUGCACAAGAAAGGCAUGACAGAGUGGACCACAGGGGAGGUCUUGGCUUCUUUCGCUGAGCAGACGCUGCGGACGCUGUGCCUGGCCUACAAGGAGGUGGGUGAGGGCGCGUACGAAGAGUGGCGCCAGCGGCACCAGGAGGCCAGCGUGCUGCUGCGGAACCGGGCCCCCGCCCUGCACCAGCUGUAUGAGGAGAUGGAGCAAGGCCUCCAGCUGCUGGGAGCCACUGCCAUCGAGGACAAACUCCAGGACGGCGUCCUCGAAACCAUCAAGUGUCUCAAGCAGGGGAACAUCAAAGUGUGGGUGCUCACAGGGGACAAGCAAGAGACGGCUGUGAACGUCGGCUUUGCCUGCCAGCUGCUCUCGGAGAACACGGUCAUCCUGGAAGAGGAGGAGAUAGUCCGGGUCCUGGAGGCCUGCCAGGAGAGUGACCACCUGCUGAGUGGUGAGGGCCUUCGGAGGAGCCGGGCCCUGAAGCAUGCCAAGGUCGCCAUGGUCAUUAGUGGAGACUUCCUGGACCAGCAGCUGCUGUCCCUGCACAAGGAGCCUCGGGCGCUGGUGCUGCAGGGCAGGGACCCCGACAGCCACGAGGGCCCCGAGGUGCGGAGGGAGCGGGCCUUUGUGGAGCUGGCCUCGCAGUGCCAAGCAGUCAUCUGUUGUCGGAUGACACCCCAGCAGAAGGCCUUGAUAGUGGCUCUGGUCAAGAAAUACCAGAAUGUGGUGACCCUGGCCAUCGGGGACGGUGCCAACGAUGUCAACAUGAUCAAGACUGCGGAUAUCGGCGUGGGGCUGGCGGGCCAGGAGGGCAUGCAGGCCGUGCAGAACAGCGACUACGUACUGGCCCAGUUCCACUUCCUGCAGCGGCUGCUGCUGGUGCACGGACGCUGGUCUUACAUGCGCAUCUGCAAGUUCCUGCGCUACUUCAUCUACAAGACGCUGGCCAGCAUGACGGUCCAGAUCUGGUUCGCUUUCUACAGUGGCUUCACCGCCCAGCCACUGUAUGAAGGAUGGUUCCUGGCCCUCUUCAACCUGCUGUACACCACCCUCCCGGUUCUCUACAUCGGGCUCUUUGAGCAGGAUGUGAGUGCCGAGCAGAGCCUGCAGUUGCCCGAGCUGUACAUCGCGGGCCAGAAGGAUGAGCUCUUUAACUACUGGGUCUUCUUCCAAGCCGUCGUCCACGGCACGGCCACCUCCCUGAUCAACUUCUUCAUGACCCUGUGGGUCAGCCGUGACUCGGCGGGGCCCCUCAGCUUCAGCGACUACCAGUCCUUUGCUGUGGUCGUGGCCCUGUCAGGCCUGCUGUCUGUCACCAUGGAGGUCAUCCUCACCAUCAAGUACUGGACGGUGCUGUCUGUGCUGGCAGUUUCCCUCAGCCUCUGCUCCUACGUGGUCGUAACAUGGGCCUGCCAGAGCUUCUGGCUCUUCAAAAUCUCCCCCAAGACUUUCCCGUUUCUAUAUGCUGACCGCAACGUGCUGACCCACCCUUCCAUCCUGCUCGUGGUCCUGCUGAACGUGUCCUUAAACACUCUGCCUGUACUGGCCCUGCGCAUCAUAUGCCAAGCCCUCAAGAAGCCACGCCCCAAGAAGGAGGCAGAGGAGGCCCCAGGUGAGGAAAUCAUCACCGCGGAGCCUGUGCCCUGCAUGCACCGGGAGUCACGCGCCCGGCGCUCCAGCUACGCUUUCUCCCACCGCGAGGGCUACGCAGACCUCAUCACCCAGGGCACGAUUCUGUGGAGGACCCCAGGGGUCAGCAGCGACCUUCUGGCCGGGCACACGAUCCCACGUGAUGAAGAGUUGCCCUCAAGCGCCAAGGAGUCACCCUGGUGCUCCAGGAAGAUGUCAUUCCUGGGGAGGAGGGGGCACCAGCAUGGGGGGAGGGCGUCCUCUGCGGCCAUUCAGCCCCCCUCCGUGGUGAGCUCAUCCCUGACUGUGGGUGGGCAAGACAACCACUUCUCUCUCCACAAAGACAUGGCCACCGCCACGAACGCGCCAUCCAGGUCUUUACAGGAGGAGUUGCCGGUGAGGCGGGAGAGAUCGCUGUCCUUAGAGCAGCGGUCGUGUUCUCCUUGUGAUAGUCUGUCCCCAGCUGAGGACAGGCCACUGUCGCCCAGAGGAAGAGGCCAGCUGCCACCUUCUGAGAGCCAGUCGCAGCUUUUGGGCCAGCUGUCUUCAGAGAGCUGGCCAGCACCCCUGAAGGGAAAGAUGUCCCCUUAGAAGCUCUCGCCACCGUCCCGGAAGAGCUGGCCGCACAGCCGGCAGAAGGACAUCCAGCCUCCUGAGGAAGGGACAGAGCCGUUCCCCAACGAGCGCGCCGCCAGCCGGGUGGGACCUCCAGCUCCCGUCCGGGAGGCCCAGCUGCACGCGAGUAGCCGAUGGAGGUGGAGGCCUUGCCUGCGGAGGGAGAGCCACCACUCCCGGAGGGGCUGCCAGCGCCCCUGGGAGGGCCAGGCUCCCCCUGAUCUGCGGGGUCAGCCACCGCACCUCGGGAGGAUGGUGACCGCCAGGCCCAGUGAGCGUCGGCUGGCGAGCACGAGGCCUUCCCCAGAGCCGAGGGCCCCGCGUGCGCCUCCUUCCCAAUAAACCAGGGCCCGUCUGCCCCCGGACUCCUUG